AUGAGUGCGGAGUCCUGCAUGGGCAACAUCCCAAAGCCUUGGCACGACGACGUUUUCGCAUCACUUCUUGAACGGCUACGAGCAGAGCACGAGCUUCGAGUGAGUGCUCUGAGCAUCAAGGUUGAAGAGCUCGAAACCAAACUGGGCAAUGCAAGGCCGCAGCAGAACGAAGGCUCCCCACCUCGAGACGAGGCCGUAAGUGCCUCUUCUCCUGUGUGGAAAGAGCCUGGUGCCACGAAGACUUCGCCUCCGCAUGAGGAAGUUUCUCUUACCGCAAGCGAGGCUUCGCAAUUCUUCCAUCUUGGCAUUCACAAGCAGAGCGGCUGGCAGGCUGCCUUUGGCAGAUAUCGAAGCUUUGUGCAGCGCCCGGGAUUUGAGAUUUUCUUUGCGAGCCUCAUCGUCGUAAACACCAUGGUGAUGGCAGUGGAUGUACAGGUUGUUGGCAUCGACAUCGGUGCGCACCUUCAGUUUGCAUCAUAUCAGCCAACAGCUGUAACUACACCUUGGGUGCGGCCUCUGAUCGAUUCAUGCGAUUGGUUUUGUGGUGUCGCCUUCACCAUCGAGAUACUGAUGAAGUGCGCAGCAAUGGGCCUAGGCUUCUUCAAGGACCCCUGGAACUGGGUUGACACUACCAUUCUCUGCUGUUGGUACAUAGAUGUCGCGGACAGUGGUCUUAUCCCCGUAAACGCCUCGCUUCUCCGCUUGCUGCGGCUCCUGCGCUUAUUGCGCUUGCUCAGGCUCGUUCGAGUCAUAAAGGCUUUCGACUCAUUGUACCUCAUCACCACGGCCUUGAAAGGCAGUGUUCUGAUAUUGACUUGGGCCUGCGUGUUGCUGCUCGUCUUACAGGUGCUGGCUGCUUUGCUCUUGAACCAAGUUCUCUUUGCCAUGUACUUCUCCAACGACAGAUAUCCUAUCAACGAGCGGCUGCAGGUCUUUGCAUACUUCGGGACCUUUACUCGGUCCAUGCUUUCGAUGUUCGAGAUAACGCUGGCUGACUUCCCUGAAGUUUGCAGGCUCUUGACUGAGAAUGUAUCGGAAUGGUUUAUGCUGGUCUGUAUUACUCACAAACUGAUCAUUGGCUUUGCAGUGGUCAGCGUCAUCAACGGCGUGUUCAUCGAAGAGACCUUCAAGGUCGCUGCAUCGGACAACUUCGUCAUGAUGCGGGCGAAGGAAAAGACAGCCAAAACUCAUGAGUUGAAGAUGAUGCAGCUGUUUCUACAAGCUGACAUCGAUCAAGACGGUCUCGUCAGCAGGGAGGAGUGGCGCAAGCUCCUGAGCCAUCCCGCUGUCCAGCUCUGGAUCGGCUCGAUGGAUUUAGAUGCCGAGGAUACUGAUGGUCUUUAUGACCUCAUCCGUGACGACUUCCAUGACAGCAGACUACAAGGCCUCACGAUGGAGGAGCUCGUACGGGGUAUGGGUCGACUGAAGGGAACAGCCCGGAGCUACGACAUGCAGCUGCUCCUACGACAAGUAGGCUCUCUGAUGAAUCAUGUGGAGAGGCUCAAUCGCGGAGUCAUUUCAGGCAAGCACGCCGAGCCCCUUCCCGGAAGCCAUGCAGAAGACAUAGGCAAGGAAGGUGAGGCUAGGCAGUUAAUGCAAGGUGUCGCCUGGCGAUACUAG